AUGUAAUAAGUUAAAUAUCCAUAAUUUGAUAUUCAAUCUUCAAAUUAAUAGGACAAUCUAUAGCAUUAAUUAUUUUAGAAUACUACAGAGGAUAUUAGAUAUUUACCAAUUGUAUAAUAACAGACUUAAAACUCACAAAAUUAUUAAUAAGUAGUACAUCCAUAUUCAGAAUAAGUUAAUAAGUAUCAAAACUAUUACUAACUUGAUUAACCACCUUAACCAACUAAUUCUUUAUUAUUGAAAGAUGCAGAUUUCUUAACUUAAAAGUUUUUUUUUAGCAGUAUUUUGGGAAUGUUUGUAAUUUGGUCAUUUUUAUUCGCUUUACUCUUUUUUAUAAUGAUGGUGAUUUUCGAAAGAAAAUUAUAUAAACAUAAAAAUGAGUAUCCUUUAUGGAUAACUGUGUGUGUUAUUGUUUUAAUUUUAUUGGUAAAAAUAGGUUCAAUGGAAAAAUUUAGAUAUGUAAAUAAUCAUAAUAUAUAAAUUAGGCAGGAUUGACACUUGUACUAUAUUUUGGAUCUAUCAUUGCAUAUACAUUAACGUUUUUUUUUCUCAUAGCUUAUUUUUCUACCACUCCUGGUAGUGAUGUACCCAGUAAAUAAUUAUCUCAAUAAAUUUUAGGUACUUUUAUUGCUGGAGUAUUUAUGUUUCUUCCAUUAUUUGCUAAUUUAAUUGUUACCAUAAUUUUAUUAAUGUAUAUUUUAAUAGAAACUAAGAAAUUCAGAUUUUAUAGUAAUUUUUACAAUUUAAAUUUGAUAGAGGUUUUUGUUUGUGAAUUCUUGUGUGUCUUACCUUUUGCUAUUAUUGAUUUUAAAACACUAAUUUGUUUAGUAAUCUUAUUGCCAUACACAUUUUUAUUACUAAAUGUCUUAAAAUAAAUUCAAAAAGGAAGAGUAUAUCUAUAAUAUCAUUAAAUAGUUUAAUUUACAUAAGGAUUAAGUAUUGAGUGGAACAUUGGCUGCAUAUUAUGGAGUAUUAAUGCCUUUUGAUUGA